CGCCUUGUUGAGUGUUAUUAUCUAUUAGUCUAGCUCCAAGAACACAAAUGGAAUUGGAAAGGACAGACCUCAUCUAAAUGGGUUUGUAUGCACAUCUACAUAUCUGUGACCACACAUGAACAGCAGGCAGAUUGUAAGAAACGACCGAGCCUCUACGACCUGAUUUCUCUUUUUUAGAUAUAGCGACCUCUGUUGAGUUGUUGUGCCCCAUACCCUUCACUCGCUUUGUUACAGCUACUUUCUGCUCUACAGCUCCUCUUGCUCUGUAUUAAUAUCAGAAGUUCAUCUUUAUUGCCAGCGGUACUACAUCGAUCACACACCCCCGAUCUUCUUAAGCGCAAAAUGUCUUCCCUCCUCGGGGCCUUGGCGGACACCGUUAAUACUUUCAUUGGAAAUGGGCGGGCCAACGACGACGGAAGCGAUCCCAUCAUAAGUCGCAGCGACAUCGUAAAGGAGGGCUGGCUCCAAAAGGAAAGCCGUAAUGUCCGGGAAUGGAGAAGGCGAUACGUCGUUCUCACCAGAGACUGUACUGUUUUUUGCGGCUGAUUUUUCUCAGUAGAUGUAGUUGCAGUUGGAGAAUUGAGAUGAAGUUGUUCGUAGAUCAAUCCAGUGGAGGCCUUCUAAGCACCUCCUGGCGUGAUUUUAGGCGACGGUGAAUCGUCGCGUUCGCCCUAGGUGGAUCUGGUUUAUCUGACACGUGCAAAAAAUCGACUGGUUCUCUCUUGACGUAGUACAACCGUGGAUGAAAGAAUGAAUAAGAAUAGCAAUGAUCCUCGAUGAAAGAACGUACAACAACCUGAAUUUUGCAGGUUUAGCGACCUUUCGGGAGGGGCCCUGCGAGCUUUACCGAUGGAGUGACGCGACGGAGCUGGUGAACUUUGGUCAGAUGAUGACUGUGCGACUAUGCAUUGCAAAAGUAUCGUACUCGUAUAAAUGCAUCACAGAUUUCCUCAGCAUGAGAAAUAAAUACUUUUUUUGUACAAAAAUAAAUAAAAAACGGGUGUUAAGUUUUAUAAAAAAAGUUAAAAAAAGUGAGAUAAACGGGAAUAUAAAAGUCUUUAGACGUAAUCUUCCACUGUUAGUGGACAAGACGAACACCUGAGCACUCACGCUGUCAACCUCUGUGACAAUACACCUUUCCGGUAUCAAUUCACUACAUGCACAAGCACGCAAGCGACGUAUGUCUCUUGCUGCGUUACAUCCUGUCAGGAUUCGUACGAUUCUCAUGGUCCUUCUCCUAUGUCACGGCAUAGGCAAUCAUCAUCAAUCUACUAUAUCGGAUCAUAGUCAUUUGCACUAUCCAGAUCCAUAGCGAUCCCUAUGCCAUUCCAUAUCCAUUCCUAUCAUCUGUCCUAUGGUCUAUGGGUAUGCAUUUCAUACCAUCAUCUCCUAUGUGGAUCCUAUGUCAUCAUACGGCAUUUGGGACCCUAUGCAGAUCAUCAGAGGCAUUCAGAUCCUGUAUGUCAGCUAUAGAGGUUGGCAGGCUAGAUCAGGGGCUGGGGUUUAGAUCACAUGACCAACAUCCACCCAAGUCACUGCGUUUCCUUUCCAAGAUAGAUAAGCUAGAUUUGUAGUCUUGUGUUUCCAAUGCGGAUUUAGCUUAAGAACAAGAUUUGUAAUGCAUGACUGCAAUACGAGUGCGAUACUUUUCCACAGGAUAGCGAUCCGCGGAUCACGAAACGAACCUCGAGAACUCGUUUUGCCUGCAGCGGCAGAAUAUGCAUUGCAAAUAUGUCUGGGUCUGGAACUUGUGAUGCAAGAAAGGGAAUAGUGAGCACAUUGUAAUGCGCUGCCAAGCAUGGCAAGUUUUUCCGUGGUUCUGGGUUGCGUACUCCGCAUGAGAAAGUGCGUUUUUGCAUGACAGGCAAGAGGGGCCCUUUGCGGCCGCGCAAUACAUAGUUCAGAGUCAUGCCAGACUAGCAUGACAAAUCUUCCUACUUCCCAGACCCAGACAUAUUUGCAUUUGAUACAGAAGGACGGCAAGUUUUUCUUUUUCUGCGCGGAGUCACCCAGCGAGAAAGAGAGCUGGGUGGGCGCCGUGGGCCGGGCCAUGGUCAGGCGAACGGUCAUGAUUUCGGACGAGGGGAUGGACGACCACGAAGACGAGUGGUCAGACAAUGUCCCGAUCGCGACCAACGGGAGUCACAACGCUGGCAACGUCAAUUUUGACGACGACUGGAGCUCCGCGAAAAAUCCGAGCAUGUUUUCCGACAAUCAUUAUGCAGGCCCAGGUGCAGGACAAGGAGCUCUACCUCUGCCUCCGGCCCAGCAGCAGUUUGAGCCGAGUCCCUAUGGCUCAUUACUGCACAACAACCCCAGCAGCGCGACCGGACUGUCCCCGCGAACGGCGUUCGAUGACCCUCUUGCUGCGAGCACGCACGGCGGUGGCGGGGGUCCAGUUGUAGGGGGAGGAAGUAUGUUUUCUGGUGCUGGUGGCGGUCAUUCUCAUUACGGCAACACGACAAGUUGGAGCAACAACUCCAGCGCCGCGGCUCUGCCCGAUAUCUGACGAAAGUUAAUACGUAGCGACGACCAACUUCAUUUCCCCUCAAACUCUGUCUUGGCUCGCCUGGUUGCGAGAUGACAUUGAAUCGUCUCACGACUUCUAGAUGUCGGUGGAACAACGACCCAUGGAUCUACGUACACGAUUGAUCCGUUGCCGUUCAACGGCACACUAUUGGUCUAGUUUUCGUCCACAUCAAAACACGACAUAAUUCACAUUUAUUGCGCAAUUUAUCCCACCACAACAUCCACAACUUGGAAGCGUUCCAUUAUUCUUGUCGUUGUGCAACAAGCCUUCGGCCCCCGCCCCCUCGACACGGUUGCGGCCGUGUAAGCUGGCUGUAUGUGCUGGCACACUAUGGAAUAAGUCAAAGUGAUGCUUCAAAGACCCUUGCGACCGUACUUUUUGCCUCAGCGACCCCGGCGUCAUAUUUUCGCAUGUGAAAAUGGACGCCACGUCGGCUUCAAGAAAUAAAUAUAAA